AGGAUAAUUGAUGCGAAAAAGUGCUGUGCACGCCGAAAGCUUCCAUUCUUUUCACAGGAUACGCGCGUCCUUCAGUUAGUAAGUAAGUGACCGAUCGGGCAUCCACUGGUGUCCCGAACAGGUAAAUGUCAUGAGCAGCGCCGGGCAUGCGAAGUCCGACGAAGGGAAACGGCCAUCCUCCAAUAACAAGAAUGGCGACUGGACGUGUCCGGAGCCCGAUUGUAAGAAUCUAAACUUUGCCCGCCGGAAUCAGUGUAAUCGGUGCGGUAAGGAGCGGCCCGGCAGCGCCUCAUCAAAGCAUGGAUCGACAGCCAGCGAUUCGGACGGUGGCGGCAGUGGUGGUAAAAAGAAAGUCGGUACCGAAAUUGGGAAAGCUGCGGCAGAAAAGUCGCGCGGUUUGUUCAGCGCCGAAGACUGGCAAUGCAAUAAAUGUGCAAACGUAAACUGGGCCCGGCGCCACACGUGCAACAUCUGUAGCGCUCCACGGUUUUGCGACGUCGAAGAACGCACCGGCUACGGAGGAGGCUACAAUGACCGAGGCGUGGUGGAGUACAAGGACCGUGUCGAAUCGGACGACGAAUACGACGAGUUUGGGAGGAGAAAAAAGUCUAAAGGCAAGCCCAAGGAGCAAAGCGGUGGACGGUUGGCAUCUCGAAGACGAAGAACCGACUCCACGGAUGAGGACGAAGAAAACGAACGCAGAGGGCGCAAAGAACAGCGCAAGCGGCGCAGCGCAUCGAAGGACGAAGAUGAGGACGAAGAAGACGACGAGGACGAGGAAGAUAAUGGCGAUCUAUCGAAGUACGAUCUAUGGGGAUCGGAUGCGGAGGAAACGGGAAAGAAGCCGGCUCCUAAGACCGCCGGUGAUAACAAUAAGUCCACAUCACGUCAGCACCGCUCACGAUCACAUUCGCGAUCGAGAUCAACCAGCAAAGAUCAACAUCGUCGGCCUACCAGUGACGUGCGAACGUCCUCAAAAUCGAUUUCUUCGUCGUCUAGUCACGGACGAUCCGACACAAAACGUUCCAGCUCAACACGUCGUCCCGCGCGGCACAGGUCGCGGUCCUCCAGCUCACGGUCCCGAUCGCGCUCACCUCGAUCGUACCGGCGCAGCAAAGAUAAGCGUCGCUAAAGCAUUUCUGGUAGCGAGUCUUUUCGUUAACGGUCGAUGUUCAGUGCGAAAGCGAAAAUAAACCUGUAUAUUUUAGAGCGAAACGCGACCACUGUUCAAACGCAUUUGGUGUUUGUUACACUUUGAUGAUAUGAAAUGUUAAAAAUACGAACUUGAAAUGAAAAUGUCGAUUAUUUCUAUUUAUUCAAUUUUUGUGUUUCUUGUGUUUUUUUUAUGUACUGCUUUUUUCAUAAUUUGCUAUAGAAAGAUGAAUUUCAAGUUACAUACUGCACGAAUUACCCACGAGAAUGCUUCCAGAAGAUAGUAAUACAAAAGGAAUGGCAUUUAACUAUCGUAUAGAUGGUCACAAGAACCGCUUUGUGGACCAACGGUAUCUUACAUAAUAAAUUGUUUUGUAAUAGAAACGAUUCUUAACAAGGCGGCACACCAGAACCCAAUUAUUCCAUCUGUACGCCUAACGCCUCCAAGGUCGGAUAAAAGCUUUGGCUGAAAACGCUAUUCACCACAAGUUAUUCCAAAUAGUUUAUUCUUCAUACACAGUACUCUAUAAUUUACAUGGAUGACGAUGCUUAUCAAGGAUACGGCUACCAUGCCAGGAUUAGCCCGAUCCAAGGAAAUAUCAUUCAAACGAGUCUAUUGCUAUUUCAAUAAUU